AUGUCUGAGUACAUUGUCAGUGGGGACAAACUGCAGGCCUACAACACAGAUACCAACAAGUUUGCAAUGGACUCGUCUGGGGCUUUAGUCUGUGCCAUCGCAUUUGUCCUAACUGUACUGAGCUCAGCAUCCACAGUGGAAUUAAAUUACUUCUGUGAGGAGGACCUCUCCAUAAAGCAUCUUCCCUAUCACUGCUGCCUUCUACGAGGCAACAAAAGACUAAACUGCUUCCAUAACGAUGCACCGAACCCAAACUAUGAGGCAACAGAGGAGCUGCUGGUGCUGCCGCUCCCCUCUUCAGCCCCCUUCAACUUUGACCCCAACACUUGCCAGAGGACAGUGAUGAAAAGAAAAAAGGAGAAGAAACCAGUUACUUCCCAAAAAGUUGACAUCAGGUUUCCCCCUGGACGACCCACUGCAGCUGUCAUUGAGUCACUGUGUCGCAACCAGAAGAUUCGCCCCCUCUAUAGCAACAAGUGCCUGCCCAAUAUAGGCUACGAAUGGCUGGCUCGUCAGGCCAAGACCAUUAAUCGCAUGGAGAAGGGAUUCAAACAGUGUUGCAAAAAGAGGCAGGAUGUGGUCGUUUGUGCUGAACAAAAGUGGCGUGAGGAGCUGAACAAGUUUUGCUUGCAUAAGAACAGUGAUGAGACCAGUUCUCGCUGUUGUUUGGACAAUGGAGAAAAUGAUCGAUUUGACUGUUUCCAAAACAUAUCUCCCGACCCACAUUACAACAUGACUUCAGUCACUGAAGAGCUCUCGCUUAACAAAAUCUGUGACACGCAUAAGAUCAUCAAGAAGAAAUUCCCUGUUGGUUUUCCACUCAAAUACUUUGUGGACAAAUGCUGCCCCCUUUAUAUGAUUUUGACCACUUGCAGCAUCUGCCUGGCAACAUGA